CUUGUGUUGACCAAGGUUAUCCGUAAGGGACUUUAGAUCACUCAUCAUUAGCUGAUAACGAGCCUGUUCGCUAGUUAGCCGUCUAGCAACCACUGGUGGUGUUGGAUAACCAUCAACAAUAAGCUAGGAAUCAUCACACGAAUAGUCAGCGAAUAGUCAGUCUAGCUGUGAACAUUGGUAUUGCUUUCAAUUAGAUACAUUUGAUCGCAGACAGACUAUUGAUAUCAGUUGAAAGCAUCGCAUUAUGCCAGCGGAGGGGGACGGGCAGCAGGAUCAGCUGGCGAUGCCCGAUCAGGAGAAAGAGGAUGGCACCGGUCAGGGGUCCAGUCAGCCCGGCCAGCCCGCUCCGACCCAAGAGGGGUCAGGGGAGGGGAACAGGAAGGGCCCUCUUGUGCAGAUUGACAGGCAGCAGAUCCAGUCGGUGUCGGUGAGCGCCCAGGGGGAGGAGCUUCAGGGCCUGGGCGUGGCCGUGUACGACCAGGAUGUGCUGGAACAGGGCGUCAUACAGCAGGUGGACCGUGCCUACCAGCAGGCCAAUCAGGAGGCAGCGCGGGCCGACGCCCAGAAAGAGCAUGAGGCCGUGCUGGAUGAUGUCAGGUCCUGUAUGUCUGCAUUGAAGCACAUUAAUAAGAUCCUGGCCCAGCUGAGUCCUCACGCCACCUCCAGUAAGGACAUCAGCAGGAAGUUAGAGUCAGUCCGCCGACAGAAAGAGAACAAGGAGAAGCAGCUAAAGAAGAUCAGGGCCAAGCAGAAGCGACUGCAGGCGGUGCUGGGGGGGGAAGAUGCCCAGAGACUAGAGGAUGUGCUGUCCGAUGUGGAGGAGGAGCCUGGCCCAUCCUCUCUGGGAAGCAUGCUGAUGCCAGCCCAGGAGUCCGAAUGGGAGGAGCUUAUCCGUCUGGGUCACAUGACCCCGUUCGGCACACGCAUAGCUCCGCCCCCUGAGAAGCCAGCCCGUAAGCUGAUGCUGAGCGAAGGCGGGGGCUUCGAGCUCUACCUCAACGAGCAGGCGACGCUUGCCCAGAGCCGCAAGAAGAAGCCACGCCCCCCAGCCAAAAACGGACCAAAAAGCCCCUCCCCCGCUGGUGAUAAGCCCCGCCCCGUGGCGGCGGCGGCAGACUCCGCCCAGCAGUGUAAGCGGGAAAAGCGCAUGCGGCGGCUGCAGCGGACAGCGUUGCGGGCGCAUCCUCGGGCGCGCGGGGAGAAGGCGCCCCCUAAGGGCCAGCGGCGGCCGCGCGGCUCAGACAGCGAGGGGGGGUCCGGCAGCGAGGGCCCCCCCAGCGAGGAGCUGAUGGACCCAGAGGAACCCGACAGAGACGACGAGUUCUGGGUGGACGAGGAAGAGGAGUACGAGCUGAAGGCUAUCAGGAGGAAGAGCGGGGCUGGAUCAGGAGGAGCCCGCAGGAAGAAAGAGAAAGAGGAAGAGGAUGAGGAGUACAGACCCAGCGACUCAGAAGGAGAGGAGGAUUCUGGGAAGAAAGGGAAGGUGAAGAGAUGCAAAGACGAUGGAGACAUCAACUACUACCGGCAGAGAAUCAGGCGCUGGAAGAGAGAGAGGCUUCUGGAGAAGGAGAGGAGGAGAGAGGCCGGAGAAGAGGAGUCUGAUGAGAGUGAUACCGAGUUUGACGAAGGCUUCAGGGUGCCCGGAUUCCUCUGGAAGAAGCUCUUCAAGUAUCAGCAGACAGGUGUGCGUUGGCUGUGGGAGCUCCACUGUCAGCAGGCAGGGGGCAUUCUGGGAGAUGAGAUGGGUCUGGGCAAAACCAUCGAGAUCAUCGGCUUCCUGGCUGCACUCAGCUACAGCAAGAUUCGGACACGUGGCUCCAACUACAAGUAUGCUGGUCUGGGCCCCACAGUAAUUGUGUGUCCAGCCACUGUGAUGCAUCAGUGGGUGAAGGAGUUCCACACCUGGUGGCCUCCAUUCCGAGUAGCAGUACUGCACGACACGGGAUCCUUCACCAACAAGAAGGAGAAGCUGAUCCCUGAUAUAGCGGCGAGUCACGGUGUGCUGAUAACCUCCUACUCGUACGUGCGCAUCAUGCAGGAGGCUCUGUCGCGCUACGACUGGCACUACGUCAUCCUGGACGAGGGACACAAGAUCCGCAACCCACACGCUCGCAUCACCGUCGCAUGCAAACAGUUCCGCACACCUCACCGCGUCAUCCUGUCCGGUUCUCCGAUGCAGAACAACCUGAAGGAGCUCUGGUCUCUCUUUGACUUCGUGUUUCCAGGGAAACUGGGCACGCUACCCACCUUCAUGGAGCAGUUCUCUGUACCCAUCACCAUGGGCGGCUAUUCCAACGCCUCACCUGUACAGGUCCAGACGGCCUAUAAGUGUGCGUGUGUGUUGAGAGACUCCAUAAACCCAUAUCUUCUUCGUCGCAUGAAGGCAGACGUGAAGGCCAGCCUCUCACUGCCUGACAAAAGUGAACAGGUGCUGUUCUGCAGACUGACAGAGGAACAGCGGGAGGUCUAUCAGACCUUUAUAGACUCCAAAGACGUGUAUUCCAUCCUGAACGGAGACAUGCGGGUGUUCGCUGGUCUGAUUGCCCUGAGGAAGAUCUGUAACCACCCCGACCUGUUCUCGGGGGGACCCCGUCUGCUGCGGGGGAUCUCUGAGGACCAGCUGACGAAGGAGGAGCGCUUCGGCUACUGGAGGCGCUCGGGCAAGCAGAUGGUGGUGGAGUCGCUGCUGCGCAUCUGGGACAAGCAGGGGCACAGGGUCCUGCUCUUCACACAGUCCAGACAGAUGCUGAACAUACUGGAGGAGUUUGUGCGUGAGAACGAGUACACGUACCUGAAGAUGGACGGCACCACCCCCAUUGCCUCACGCCAGCCCCUCAUUGCCAAGUACAACGAGGACAAGUCCAUCUUCAUCUUCCUGCUGACCACCAGGGUCGGGGGUCUGGGGGUCAACCUGACCGGAGCCAACAGGGUCAUCAUCUACGACCCCGACUGGAACCCUAGCACAGACACACAGGCUCGUGAAAGGGCGUGGCGAAUCGGACAGCUGCGGCAGGUGACUGUGUACAGGCUGCUCACUGCAGGAACCAUUGAGGAGAAGAUCUACCACAGGCAGAUCUUUAAGCAGUUCCUGACCAACCGUGUUCUGAAGGACCCAAAACAGCGGCGCUUCUUCAAGUCCAACGACAUCUAUGAGCUCUUUACACUCAGCAACCCAGACGGAGCCCAGGGCACCGAGACCAGUGCCAUCUUCGCAGGCACCGGCUCAGACGUCCAGGCUCCCAAAAGACCAAAGGCCCCUCCCCCCUUCCCCGCCCUCCCUACCUCUCCCUCAUCCUCCGCCUUCUGUGUCCAAGACGAUGACAACGCCCCUCCCUCCUCCUCCCCCUCUGCCAGAAACAGCCAGGGGAAGCGGAACACUGGAGUCAUUCCCAACGGAGUAUCCCACGGUGGUGGUGCCAGCGGCGUUCCGGACGCCCCGAAGAGCCGGAGCGGGAUGGUGAACGGGCCGGACCGGAGCAAGCCGUCGUCUGGUAGCACCCAGAAGCGGCGCGAGAAGAGGAAGCACUGUGAGCAGCAGGGGGCGCUGUGUCCCUCACAGGACCCACCGCAGCUCCAACACAGGAAGAAGGAGGAGGAGAAGAAGAAGAAACACAAACACAAACAGUCGCGAGACGGGCGCUGCGAGGGCCAGCGCGUGUCCCACCUGGUGAAGAGGAGGACCUACCGGCAGCAGGACCAGGAGGAAGAGGAGGAGAAGAAGGAGCAGAGACAGACUGAUGACUAUGUGCUGGCCAAGCUCUUCAAGAAGUCAGGUAUCCACAGUGUGAUGAAGCAUGACUCCAUCAUGGAGGCCUCUAACCCAGACUAUGUGCUGGUGGAGGCGGAGGCAGACCGCGUCGCCAAGGACGCCCUCCGCGCCCUCAAGGUCUCCCGGCAACACAUCCGCCUUCCCUUCUCCAGACCCCCCAUCCCCGCCAAGAAGCGGUUCGGCCAGAAGAAGAAUUCACUGCUGUCUCAACCUCAGACACAAAUCCCUCAACCAUCAGAGAAGUGCAAGGAUGCGGCCAUCAUUAAGAAGCUGAGUGUGAAGAAGUCCUCGGCAGCGCCGUCUCUCUUCAGCGGUGAGACGGCUGAAGAAAACGGCCUCUCCUCUUCCUCACUUCUGGCGCGCAUGAAGGAGCGGAACCACAUCAGCCUUCCCAGUGCGCUGGGGGCGGAGUCUGAAGAAGAAGAGGAGGGUCCAGGAGCCUCUGCCCCGCCCCCUGCCGGCGCUGGCGCCUCCUCCACGGAGCACGACGAGCUGCUGUCGGACCUGCUGGCGUUCGUGGCGUUCGGCGCGGCGGUGGACGGGCAGGCGGGGACGCAGGAGGUGCUGGAGCACUUCACGCCGCGCCUCACGGCUGCGCAGACGCCCGUCUUCAGGCAGCUGCUCCGCAGCCUCUGUGUCUUCAGCAGGGAGGGGGGGGCGCAGGGGACAUGGAGACUCAAGCCUCAGUACCGCUGAACCUCAAACACACACACACACAC